GUAUUACUUAAGCAAGGGGUCCAACUGGUGAGCGUCUCGAACUAAUAUUUGAUUCUCCAAAUUCCUCACCUUGUUUUGUGUCCAACAAUCAAAUUUCUAUAUAUCCUCACAAUACACCCAGGGUGGUAAUAAGGAGACAUAUAUCCGUACCAUGUCUCCCCACACCUCCCUAAUCAACGAACGCGAACCCCUCCUCGCGCCUCUCACCGAACCCACCGAAGUUCAGGAUGCCUUGAUCACGGGAUCACAGGUUUAUCAAGCGGUUGGGUCGAAUCGAGAUGGCGAGGGGGGAGAAGAGCACAUUGGAGAUGAAGAUGAAGAAGAUGAUGAUACGCCGCUUCCUCUCGGGCAGAUUCUUGGGCUUUGUUAUGUUCGAUUGGUGGAGCCGGUCGCGUUUUUCUCCGUCUUUGCGUUUCUGAAUCAGAUGUUGUGGGAGAUUGGUGAUAUUGGGGAGGGCGAGGUGGGGUUUUAUUCGGGGUUGAUUGAAUCCCUCUUCUCCGUCACAGAAAUGUUUCUCAUGGUUCACUGGGGCCGCGCCUCGGAUAAAUUCGGCCGCAAACCAAUCAUGAUCAUUUCACUCCUGGGCAUCUCAUUCGCGACAGGUAUCUUCGGGUUCGGCAGGAGCAUAGGGCAAUUAAUUAUGUUUCGAUGUAUCGCCGGACUGUUCGCAGGGACUAUCGUCACCAUCCGAACCAUGAUUUCCGAAAACAGCACCAAGAAAACUCAAGCAAGAGCGUUUAGUUAUUUUUCCGUCGCGGGUAAUCUUGGGAUUCUGUUUGGACCGAUGAUUGGCGGUGCCAUGUCCGAACCAGCGAAACAAUAUCCGUCUCUCUUCGGCGGCGUAAAAUUCUUUGAGGAAUUCCCCUUUGCGCUUCCGACAAUUUGCACGGGAUUGUUUGCGUUAAGCUCAACAUUGGUUGCUACGUUCUACAUCAAGGAGACGUUGGGCAAGAAAAAGUAUCAGAAAGUAGGAGCGCGCGAUGGGAUGUCCAUGAAAGAACUUCUAAAAUUCCCCGGCGUGGCGAGAUGUAUUUACAUUUCGUGCCAUGUCAAUCUCAUGAGUACAAUUUACACAUCUGUACUGUCUCUCUUCUGGUUCACUCCCGUUUCCCUCGGCGGUCUAGGUUUCUCACCCUUCCGCAUCUCUCUCUUCAUAGCCCUCGCAGGUUUCUCGCAAGCUUUCUGGAUGAUCGUCGUAUUCCCUCCCCUGCACAAACGUAUCGGUACCGUUGGUAUCCUGCGCGCGUGCGCUUUCGUCUGGCCUUUCCUCUUCGCCUUUUGCCCUUUUGCAAAUUUCCUGUUGCGCAUGGGAUGGGAGACGACUUUUUGGGUCGUGUAUCCAAUAAGUAUGUCGAUGGGGGUAGGCGUUAGCAUGGCGUUUACAUGUGGCCAACUAGCCCUCAAUGAUAUUGCACCCUCCUCCGAAACGCUCGGCACCCUCAACAGCAUCGCACUUGCCGUCACAAGCGGCACCCGCGCGUUCGUCCCCGCUCUCUUUACCAUCAUCUUUGCGUAUGGCGUUACGCAUCAGAUCCUCUGGGGGUAUUUCAUCUGGGUAUUUGAGAUAUCUGUUGCGAUAGGAUUGGUUAUUGCGGUGCCGUUCUUACCUAAAGAGGCUUAUGGGAGGGGAAAGAAAUAAUUGGGCGAAGAUAGAGGAGGAGAAAAUAAUCUUACAAAAAUAGACGAGAGUGGAGAAAGAGAAGGCUGGAGUAAAAACGUGAUAGAAUUGAAUAGAUUUGGAUAGAUAUAAAGAUAGGUUUGAACAGGCGUCAAUUUCAUCGAAUUGGAAUAUCGGGACAUCGUGAAAAUCAUAGCAUCAUUUAUCGGAAUUCCAGCACUUCCCA